CAGAUGUCAGUGUAGCCGCGGCUCUGGCGCUCCGCACCCUCCGUCUGCGGCAGCCGGGCCUUGCGGCCCCGGCCCCUGCCCGGUCCCCUCCAACCCCAUGCCUCAGUCCUAACCCCGCCGCCCUCCUCCGCCGGGGGGCCUUUCCCCGUGCCCCCUGCCCGCCCCGUCGAAGUCGGGCGCCAUGAAUGACCAGUACCACCGGGCGGCCCGGGACGGCUACCUGGAGCUCCUCAAGGAGGCCACCCGGAAGGAGCUGAACGCCCCCGACGAGGAUGGCAUGACCCCCACCCUCUGGGCUGCCUACCACGGCAACUUGGAGUCGCUGCGUAUCAUCGUGAGCCGGGGGGGUGACCCAGACAAGUGUGACAUCUGGGGCAACACGCCCCUGCACCUGGCAGCUUCCAAUGGCCACCUGCACUGCCUCUCCUUCCUGGUGUCUUUCGGGGCCAACAUCUGGUGCCUGGACAACGACUACCACACACCACUGGACAUGGCCGCCAUGAAGGGCCACAUGGAGUGUGUGCGCUACCUGGACUCCAUCGCGGCCAAGCAGAGCAGCCUGAACCCCAAGCUGGUGGGCAAGCUGAAGGACAAAGCCUUCUGCGAGGCGGAGCGGCGCAUCCGCGAGUGCGCAAAGAUGCAGCGCAAGCACCAUGAGCGCAUGGAGCGGCGCUACCGGCGCGAGCUGGCCGAGCGCUCCGACACGCUCAGCUUCUCUAGCCUCACCACGUCCAGCACCCUGAGUCGCCGGCUGCAGCACCUGGCACUGGGUAGCCACCUGCCCUACUCGCAGGCCACGCUGCACGGCACCAACAGGGUCAAGACCAAGAUCCAGCGGAAACUGGAGCGGCGCAAGCAGGGUGGCGAGGGCACCUUCAAGGUCUCCGAGGACGGCCGCAAGAGCGUGCGCUCUCUCUCGGGCCUGCAGCUGGGCAGCGACGUGAUGUUCGUGCGCCAGGGCAACUAUGCCAACCCCAAGGAGUGGGGCCGCUCCCCGCUCCGGGACAUGUUCCUCUCCGACGAGGACAGCGUCUCCCGUGCCACACUGGCGGUCGAACCUGCCCACUCAGAGGUCAGCACCGACUCAGGCCACGACUCCCUGUUUACCCGCCCCGGCCUGGGCACCAUGGUAUUCCGCAGGAACUACCUGAGCAGCGGGCUGCAUGGGUUGGGCCGCGAGGAUGUGGUGCUCGACGGCGGGGGCACACCGCGGGGUCGGCUGCACAGCUCCCCCAGCCUGGACGAUGACAGCCUGGGCAGUGCCAACAGCCUGCAGGACCGCAGCUGUGGGGAGGAGCUGCCCUGGGACGAGCUGGACUUGGGCCUGGAUGAGGACCUGGAGCCUGAGACAAGCCCGCUGGAGACUUUCCUGGCCUCCCUGCACAUGGAGGAUUUCACCUCCCUCCUGAGGCAGGAGAAGAUCGACCUGGAGGCAUUGAUGCUGUGCUCGGACCUCGACCUCCGCAGCAUCAGCGUACCCUUGGGAUCCCGAAAGAAGAUCAUGGGCGCUGUGCGAAGGCGGAGGCAGGCGCUGGAGCGCCCACCCGCCCUGGAGGACACAGAGCUAUAACAAGGGGCUUCUCUCCCCAGACCAAAAUGAAUUGCAAGUUGCCACAACCCAUGGUGGGGCCUGGAGGUCCUCACAGUCGCCAGACCAGUAGCCCCCAGGGCCCUCCCUAGGGGCCAGGACCAUGUGGGUCGUCUCCCUUGAAAGCCUUUCCACACUCCGCAGCAGAGGGUGUGGCCUGGAGGCACCCAGAAGGGUCCUGGAGCCCUGGAACCACCCCCAUCCGAGUGGCCCUAAAGGACAUGUGGAUUUGUCAGAGGCUAGAGGAAAGGCAGGGGCCACUGGGGCCCCGGGGACUAGACGAUGUGCCCAUUAGAGCUGGGUGGGUGUGUGUAUGUCAGGGGUGGGCAUGGCCUGUCCCAGGGGCUAUCGUCUGCCCCACCUCUCUCCCCAGGCUGGAGACUUACUCACUUCCUCCAUUUUUGUGAAGGGAAGAGUUUGGGCUGCCUCCCCUCCCCACCAUAUACCCCAGAGAGGAGGUCCCAGCUAGACUCUUCAGCCAAAUGCCCUGACUUUAGUCCCCACACCUGCCUUUAGCACGGCCAGGCCCUUUCUCCUCCCACUGGCCAUGCUGGGGAGUUGGAGUGCCAGGCUGGAGUAUUGGGGGUGACUGGUGACCUUGCCAGCUCACCUUGGGGUGGGGCCCAGCCUGACUCCGCCCUCCCCACCCUGUCCUUCACCCUCCCUCUCUGUUGUGCAGCCUGGGGCAGGGACCCAGAGGGUCAGGGUAAUAGACACGUGGUGCUAGAGCAGCUGGCUGCAGUAUUAUCGUCCCUAGGCCCAGCAGGCGUGCUCUGGGCUGGAGAAAAACAUCCACCCUCUGCCUCAGUCUCCCAGGCCUGAGAUGGUCGGAGACGGGGUGUGGCAGGGCAUCAGGACUCUGCUGGGCAAGUCCUGUGAUGUGGACACAAGAGCAGCCUGAGGAUGUGGAUAAUCUAAGCGGCUAAUUGUCCCCAGGUCCCCAGGGCUCUGUGUUGGGGGUUGGUUGGUGAAUUUCCCUUGAGGUCUGGAAGCGGCUGGGUGGCUGCGUGGUUCUUCAUGAAUGGUGGGUAAGCAAGAGCCCAGUAUGUGCCCCUACUCUGGGAUGGUGAUGAAACCAGGAGAAAGGCCAGCCCCAGAGGGUCCUCAGACAUGUGUCCUCAGAGCUCUUCAGUUGGACUGAGGUCACAGAUGUGGGAGAGUCCCUCAGGAGUGCACACACGUGUGUGCACAUUCACACCCCCAUGCAGAUGUGUCCUUCCUCCUCUGUCAACAAUGGACCCCCAUCCCUGACCUUCAGCUUGGGAAGCAGUUCCUGCUGGGAGCACUGCCACAGCCCCCUACCUCCUUCCGGGGCCCCCUUGGCUGGGGCAGGGGAAAGAGAACCUCCAAAGAAGGCCACAGCCUCCCUUUGGUGUGUCUGUGCCUGUGUGUGGGCCCUGUCUACACAUGCCCAGAGCUGGGGGGUGUGAUGGAGGUGAUCUGUGGUCCCUGGUCCCACACAGAGGGCUUGGCUGCCCGCCACUGCCACCAUCAGCCCACCCCUGUGCUUCUCCCCAUUCUCUGGGCCUGAGCCUGGGGCCACCCCCCAAGUGCCUACUCGGAGCCCCAGGUGCUGCCCCUUCUCUCCUCUUCCUGGCUGUGUACUGCCUCAGCCCUCCUGGUUCUCCCAGUGCCAGGGUGGGCUGGGCUCAGUGACUCCCACCAUUGUACAGAUCACCCCUUCUGCAGGCUCAUUAUAACU